AUUUUUGUUUUCCUAAUUGAAUACAAGGGAGAAUACAUGACGAUACAUAUAACACCAGAAGAAAACUUUUCCUAUGUCAGCUUUGAAAGCAAUGUGGCACUAAAUAAUUAUCGGAUGUUAAUAAAUCAAGUUGUCCAAACAUUUAAGCCGGGGAAGUUCAUAGUAACCAUAUUUGCAAAUAAGUCUUCGUUGGCGUACGAAACCAUGAAGGGAUUGGAAAUCGAAUACUCGACGCAGUCACAUUGGAAACAAACCGAUAUGCAGUGCUGUAAUUUUCCAUCUUAUAACCUUUAUUCGCACAAUAUUUGUGUUCAACGUCCGGAAGUAUAUGUUGGUGUCUAG